UAAACGAGAACAACAAUCCCACCAAAAUCAACAACAACGUUUACCAUUAAGAGCAUUUAAGAAAAUUGGACGUGUUGGAACUCUUCCAGCUAUGGCACAUUCUAGUGCUCCACAUGCUGGGUUGCAAAUGGCUAUUAGUGGAAAUGAACAAACACAACAACCACAACCAACACCAAAUUCAGCAUUAAGCAGUAGCCGUGCAGCGGCAGCUGCUGUAUUUCAUCAACGUUGGGGUGUAGGGAAUAGUGCUAACCGUAGAGGAAGUCAUUUAAUUGGAGGGUGGGACAGUGCGAGGCCGCAUUCUGCUGCUCGACAACAACAACAAAUGCUUGAAAGAUUAUAUACAAAAGGGGAAUUAAAAGAAUAUCAACAAUUAUUUAAAAUGUUUGAUACAGACGGAAGUGGGGCUAUUGGAAGUGAAGAAUUAAAGGGAGCGAUGUUGAGAAUUGGAUUGGAGGCAGAUGAUGCAGAAAUUGAACGUUUAAUUAAAGAAGUAGAUGAAGACGGAAACGGGGAAAUUGACUUUCCAGAAUUUUGUCAAUGUAUGAAAACAGCUGAAAGACAGGGAGGUUUUCGUCAACGGCCAACAAAUGAUGAAGUUUAUGUUGCCAAAGAAAUUGGUGGUUUCUCUCAUGAAUUGGCAGAAUUUGUAUUUCGAGAGCUUUUGGGAGAUUCUUCGGCAGAUCAAUUAGAUAUGGAUAGAUUCUCUGCAAUUGUUGAAGAUUAUUUACUUUCUGACAAUAAUAAUGGAAAUAAUAAUAUAAAAGAUAAGGAAGAUGAAGAAGAAGAAAAUUUAAAUAAUAAAAUUAAUGAUGGAAAUUUAAUUAAAACAAAAUUAUUUUAA